AUGCCAAAGAACUACAAUAGUUGCACAGCGGCCAUGUCAAAAAGGCAUAAACUGUUGAUUGAGCAUGUGGCUCAAGUUGUACAAGUGACUGACUGUGGAGCACGAGCGUUGACAAAAGACAGUAUGAAAAACAUUGCGGUUCUCCAAGGUGCUCAGUCUGGCUAUAGCGUACUGAUAGGAAGGGAGGGUACUAUUGUGGACAUAGGAACCAGUCAGGAAAUUGAAACCAGGCACAGCAAGGAUGAUAUUGACCAGGUAAUUGAUGGCUCAAGAAAGUGUUUGAUACCAGGGCUGGUGGAUGCUCACACUCAUCCAGUCUGGGCUGGCGACAGAGUGCAUGAGUUUGCCUUGAAGCUUGCUGGUGCCACAUACAUGGAUAUUCACAACAUGGGAGGUGGGAUACAUUUUACUGUCGAUCAUACAAGACAGGCAGAUGAGGAGACACUGUUUGCAUCCUUCAGUGACAGACUGCACCAGAUGAUUCAAUCAGGGACCACACUUGUUGAAUGCAAGAGUGGUUAUGGUCUUGACUUGGAAAAUGAGAUCAAAAUGCUGAGAGUCUUAGAACGAGCAAGAAGGGAGAGCAAAAUAGAUAUCUCAAGUACUUAUUGUGGAGCUCAUGCUGUACCCAAGGGAAAGACAGCUGAUGAAGCAACCAAAGAUAUUAUCACAAAACAAAUUCCUGCCAUCAGACAACAAAUUGAUGCAGGGAAGCUCCAUGUGGAUAACAUAGAUGUGUUUUGUGAGAAGGGAGUGUUUGAUCUGUGCCAGUCAAAGGCCAUUCUUCAGGCAGGGAAGGAGGCCCAUCUGCAGAUAAACUUUCAUGGAGAAGAACUACACAGGCUUGGCUCUGCUGAGAUGGGAGCUGAAUUAGAAGCCAAGGCAAUCAGUCAUCUGGAAGAGAUAUCUGAUGUCGGAAUUUCUGCUAUGGCGGCAUCAGGCAGUGUUGCAGUUAUUUUACCUACUACGGCAUAUAAUCUGCGCCUAAAACCUCCCCCUGUUCGAGACAUGAUAGAAGCUGGGGUGAUUGUUGCACUUGGGUCAGACUUUAACCCUAAUGCCUAUUGCUCAGCUAUGCCUUUAGUGCUGAACCUGGCCUGUGUCACACUCAAGAUGUCCAUGCCUGAGGCUUUAGUUGCUGCCACUCUAAACUCUGCUCAUGCCCUGGGAAAGUCUGACUUGCACGGUUCCAUAGAAGUGGGAAAAUUGGGCAAUUUAGUACUAAUAGAUGCACCAAGAUGGGAGCAUCUGAUUUAUCAGAUGGGAAAUCAUAACAACCUGAUUUCUACUGUUGUGUGGAGAGGUAAUGUGGUUUACCAGAAGAGCUGA